AUUAUACUCGUAAUAAUCUUGGAUAAUGAUAUGUUUCAAUACUUAAAUUUUAAUCUAUGUUAGUAUAUUUGUAACUAAAACAUUCCUAAUAUAUGAAAUAUAUGUUAAAAAAAUAAUAAAAAAAAAUAAUUGAGUAUGAUUGAAUUAAGUAUUAUUGUAGGUUAUAAAAUGGAUGUCAUUCAAAUUUGGCAAAAGGAAAAAAAAAAAAAAAAGGAAAAAAAGGCGGGAAAUUUUUUAAUGACAUCGUGACAAAUGUCACUUUAAAUUCGCUUUUAGUAUAGGUUAAUUGAUAAAUAUGUGUCUGGCGGGCUGAGCUGGCCACGUGCCGGCGUGCCAACCUACGGGCCAACGACCGUGCCGCCCGUUGCCUGUGCCAAUUUUUCAUGUCCACGUGGCCAUCUUUAUUUGAUUGUAAAAGGUAAUGAACUUAAAAUUCAAUCCUUAAAAACCGUACAGAAACACACUUUGUAUUUUUGUAAGGUUCUAAUAGACAAAAACACACCGAAAACUCGAAAAGCGUUGAGAUAGUUAUCCACGUGUAGGUAAUUGAUCCCUUAUAUGUACACGCUAUCAAUCCAUCUGAUUAAACACUAACCAAUAACAGCCUAUUUUUUGUACCUAUAAAUAUUAUGGAGUAACGCAAAUACAAAGCCUAAGACUAAGAUGGGGAGGGAGCAGAAGAAUACUCAGAAUAAUUAAGAUAUAAGAGGAUGUCCAGUGAAGCUCAGCCACCGGAGAUGGAAGCUCUGGCAACUAAUUCAAAGCCUGAGACUAAGAUGGGGAGGAAGCUGAAGAAUACGCGUCCUUGUCAUCCUCCUUACUUUGAGAUGAUAAAGGAAGCAAUCGUUGGUCUGAAUGAAAAGGGAGGAUCGAGCCCCUACGCCAUCGCCAAAUACAUGGAGCAGAAACACAAGGCACUGCUCCCUUCAAACUUCAGGAAAAUUGUGGGUUUUCAGCUUAAGAAAUCUGUUUCCAAGGGCAAUUUGAUUAAAAUCAAAGCCUCCUACAAGCUUUCUCAGGCCCUCAAAAAGACCAAGGCUGCAAGAGCUAACGCAGCCAAAUCAAAGCCUCCUACUACUUCUACUACUGCUACGACGACUACUACUACUAAGAGGUGGAGGAGGAAGCCUAAGUCUAGAGUCGUGAGCAAGAUUGAUAACCCCCCAAGUCUACUCCUACAUCUAAUUCUACUCCUACUCUUACUGUUAGGAGGAGUAAGAGGUCGCCCAAACCCAAGCUGCUUAAACCGAUAAAGUCUCUCAAGCCCAACAAGGCUUAGUCUCUUCACUUUAAUGUUAUAUGCUGCAGGAGUUGUACAUAAUUUUAAUCUCUGUAGUCAGUGCUGAUGACAUGGAGACCUUAUGUAAUUAUUCAAAUAAAUAACUUCAAUUUCGUCGUCUAUUUUGCUUCUUCUGUAUGUGUUAACUUUAUCUAUGAUUUUUUUUGUAUGCUCCA